AUAUCCUUCUACAUAUAUUCACAAUUUGUAGGUAGUACAAGAACUGAAAAAUAAUUUUUGGUUGCCAGUAUACCUGUAGUCGUUGCACUGAUCAGUCGAUAGUUUUGUGAUAAAUUAUUUCUCAAGUGAAUUAAAUUAUUAACCAUGGGACGUGAUUCUAGAAAGGUUUCAAGAGAACUUCGGAGUUCUGAAAAAAUUAAUAAGUCGCGUUCAGUCAAAAGAAAGAAUGUUUUUAAUCCGAAAACAGCCGAACGUGAUGAAAGUAUUCAGAGUACAUCUUCUAAAAAAUUAAAACAAAACACUGAAGAUGAUGUACCUGAAGACAGCAGUACUGAAUUUCGAAUAAUAAAUUUUAUUCAGGUAUUCACUGCAAUUUCUGCUCUUAUAAAAUGUAAAAAAUGUGAUGGAAAUGUAGUGUUUCAAACAGCAAGUACACGUGGGCUGGGAUUCAAAAUUGUAGUUGCAUGUAAUAACUGUGGAAAUGAAUAUAUUCCUUCCUGUUGAAAAUAUGAAAUCUGCUAUAAUGGCAACCUUUUAUCACUACGGCUCGAGUGAUGAAAAACCGAAUCAUGAUAUGUGUCCAAAAGGCGAAGAAUCUUGGUGCUCUUACCAGCGCGCUGAAGCAAGAGGAGAGCUUGAUACCUUUUCUCACGAUUAUUCUCCUUUACCUUCUGAUGUUUUAAAAGCUAUCAAGCCUAUAUACGAAGAUCUUAGUAAUGAAAAUUUACUUUCAAGAUGUGUAGGUGGAUUCAAUCAGAAUAAUAAUGAAAGCUUUAACCAACUAGUAUGGAAAAUAUGCCCAAAAACGUCUUGAUGAAUACACUAGGACUUAAUUGUGGGCCUAAUUCUCAUCGGUAUGCAGAAAGAAUGGAUGCUGCACGUAUCAAAGUAGCAGAUAAGCGCGCUAAUGAUAACACCCGAGAAGGUCGAUUGCAACGUAGGCACCAGCAAAUCGAUAUUUUGGAAGCUGCUAUGUCGGCUGAAGAGCUAUUAUAUGGUCCAGGAAUAGAUGACUCAGUAUGAAUCUCCAAGGACUUAUGAUGAUCACCGCAAAGGACUUCGGGAGGAACGGGCUCUACAAAAACAGCGAUAACUUUUUGAAUUAUUAAUUUUUUUUUUUGAAAUUUUCGUGAAGUCAAAUCGAAACGUGUUCUAAUAAAGCUAUGUUUUUAUUUUUGUCAAAUAAAGUAAUUAACUACAAAAAAAAAAUUAUUGAAAAUCAUCAU